AUGGCGGCGCAAGGAGGUGAUUCGAUGGUGAAUCCACCACGGGAGGCGGAUCUCUCUGCGGGAGUUGCAGAUGGCCAAGAGCGGGAUUCCUACGUCUUCUUCCCGGUGAUGCUUGGGGUGAUCCGCGCACCGGUGAGGGACGGCGAGGAGGCUGCGCCCUCGCCCGCUGCAGAUCGGAUCGUGAUGGUGAGCCCUUUGACUCGGGGAGCGGUGGUCCUCAUAAUGAGAGGAGAUCGGCAGGACCUAGCCGCGAUGAUGGAGGAGAUCCUCGCGGCGGAGGGCGGCGCCGCCGGCCCGCCGCCGGCGUCCAAGGCAUCGGUGGAUGCCUUGCGCACGGUGAAGCGGCCGGAGGCCGGCGGUGGGGAGGAGGAGAUGCAAGAUUGCGCGGUGUGCUUGGAUGGGUUGUGGGAGGCGGAGGAGGAGGAGAAGUGUGGGGCGGUGAAGGAGAUGCCGUGCGGGCACAGGUUCCAUGGCGGUUGCAUCGAGAAGUGGCUGAGUAUGCACGGGCUGUGCCCUCUCUGUCGCCAUCGGAUGCCGGAGGAGGAGAGGGCCGGUGGGAAGAAGGGCGGAGAGGAGGAAGAAAUCGACGGUGAUUUCGCCGAGAGGCAGCGGAGGGCGGUGGAGAGGACGAUCCUGGCCGCUUUCGGAUUCAAUUGGGCCAUUUCCCCGGGCUUGACCACACAGCCGCGACAACAAUAA